AAAACCUACCAUGUCCAUGACUUGACAGUUAAAAUGGGAGCUUUUUUAGAUAAACCUAAGACGGAGAAAUAUAAUGAGUCCAAGAUUGGAGGUGGGCUCAGAUAUGGUCUCUCCUCUAUGCAGGGAUGGAGAAUCGAAAUGGAAGAUGCACAUUCGGCAAUUAUAGGAAUUCCUGAUCAGAAGGAAACAGUUUCUUGGUUCGGAGUAUUUGAUGGUCAUGCUGGGUCCAGAGUUAGAUUUGUUUUUAGAUUUCUUUGCAGGACUAAUGAUGAUUUUACCUGUUCAUUGCAACAAGAACACACUUUGUCCAAGGAUGAAAUGACUGAUGCUGUAAAGCGUGGGAUGCUCAAAGGGUUUCUAGAGUUAGAUGAGAAGCUGAGGAAAAUUCCUGAGGUUGCCAGCGGUGAGGAUAAGUCGGGAACAACAGCUGUUUGUGCUCUCAUUACUGAUAAAUAUCUUAUUCUAGCAAACUGUGGAGACAGCAGAGGAGUUUUCUGCGUCAGCGGUAAACCAGCUCUGGCUACUCAGGAUCAUAAACCCUCCAAUGAACCUGAGAGAGAAAGGAUUCAGAAUGCCGGUGGUACUGUUAUGAUUCAGCGAGUAAAUGGUUCUCUGGCUGUAUCUAGAGCACUGGGGGAUUUUGAGUACAAGAAUGUUGAAGGCAAGGGACCAACUGAACAACUUGUAUCUCCGGAACCAGAAUUCUUCAUCAAGGUUUUAUUUGUUAUUAUUUUAGUUUUUAAGUUUUUGGGAAUCGUUUUUUUAUUCAUAUGUCAUUCUUUUGCUUUUCUGUUCAGAAAAUGUUUUAUUUUACAGGAUAUUUGUGACUUUAUCUCCGCCCGAAUGAAGAUCUCUGAUAACUUGGAAACUAUUUGCAAUGAAGUUAUUGAUACCUGCUUAAACAAGGGGAGCCGAGACAACAUGAGCAUUAUUAUCAUCGCCUUUCCCGCUGCCCCCAAGGUUGAUCCCGCGGCAGUUAAGGCUGACCAGCAGUUAAAUGAACUACUGGAGAAGAAAGUUACAGGUAAAUUUUUAUUGACAGGAUUUGCUCCCGGUGGAGGAUUUGCCUCUAAGAAGGUUUUCAUUGAAGAAGUUUACAGAAAACUGCUUCCGGAGAAAUAUGAAUCCAGUCAAGAUGAUUGCCCGAACCCCUUAGCAUCGCUGCUCUUCGCCAAUGCCAGGAACGCUGCUGCAGAAGAUAACUAG